AUGGCAUCAUUGCAGUUGGCGCGAAAUUUUUCGCGCUCGUCAUUCUCGCUACUGCCGAUUCUCCCUGCCAUCCUGCGGCCAACCCCGAUAAGCCUACAGUGGCCAGCCUCUACAGAGCCCUCGGUCCUGAAUGGCUCCCUGAUAAGCAGCUUCCCGUCGUUCCUCACCGACAUCUGGGAAUCCAUCCUCCAAGCCGUCCCCAAGAAAAAGACCUCACACAUGAAAAGGCGGCAUCGGCAAAUGGCUGGCAAGGCAUUGAAGGAUGUCACGAACUUGAAACCCUGUCCGUCUUGCGGCCAACCGAAGAGACCCCAUGUUCUAUGUGCCAGCUGUGUGAAAGCAAUCAAGGAAAAGUGGAAGACCCUUGCGCCGUUUUAA